GCAGUGCAGCACCCAGCAGCCCGUCGCGCGCUCCAGAGAGCCGAAAGAGCCGCUGGACGCUGCUCGCCUCUUCUGGCCCAAACCGCGAUUAAAUGUAGCCCGUCCGCAAGCUUUGCGCCGCCCGUGCUUUUCUUCAGGCAGUCGCAUACAAUGGAUGACUUUUUAAAGCUGGCUGGUGGAUUCGUGUUUUUUUUUUGUUGUUGUUAAUUUCAGUUUGUAUUUUAGUUACAGGAAUCUGAAUGCCAAAAGAAUACUUUCGGUGUGUUAUGCACGUAGUUAAAGGUACCAUUGUGAAAACACAAAAAUUACAGCCGCAAGAAUAAACAUUAUGGCUUGCUAUUAUCGUGCCGUGGGGGUCGAGGACAUUAAAGUCUGAUCUCUCUGGUCACAGUAUAAUAUAGGUAAUAUUCGGUCUAAUCUAGGUAUUUCAUUAGGUUUAAUUCAGCUUCGCGCAAAAAAAUGGCUCAUUUACAUACUAGCCGGUUUUCUUGAUGCGUUUUGCUCUCACGGGCUAUUAAGAGAAGAGCAUUAUUUGCCAAAAUCUCUUUGCCGGUUUCUUAGCGGCUUGUACAUUUGUGCGAUAAAAUCAUAUAGAAAGAACGUUUGAAGGAUCGUGAAGAUGGCGACAGGAGCGAGUUGGCAGCAGUACUACAGCCCUGCUGGCAGCGCAUCCACCGGAGCAGGGAAAUACACUACUGGUACAUCGACCAUGUCCUACCAGUCGGGCAUCACCCUGGAAUACACCCAAGAUUUACACUUGAAAAUGAGUAAGAAAAUAGCACAGCUCACGAAGGUGAUCUACGCCCUCAACACCAAGAACGACGAGCACGAGGCAGCCAUCCAGACCCUGAAGGAGGCGCAUGAGGAGGAGGUGCAGCAGAUCCUGUCGGAGACGCGGGAGAAGAUAAUGCAGUACAAGAGCAAGAUCAGCGACGAGAUGGACCUGAAGAGGCGCAUCCAGUCACUGGAGGAGUCCAUGGAGCUGCACGAUCGCAUGAAGCGACAGGCGCUGGCCGAGUUUGAGGCGUACCGGCAGCGCGUGGAGGACAUGCAGCUGUGUACGGAGGCGCAACACACGCAACGCGUGGUCUCCAUGUCCCGUGAGGUGGAGGACAUGCGGCACAGCUUCGAGGAGAAGCUGCGCAACUUUGGGCAGCUGCAGGCGCAGUGCGAGCAGGACAAGCUGCAGGCGCUGGAGGAGCUGCGCACCUCCCACCGGCAGGAGGUGCAGGAGCUGCUGCGCAGCCACCAGAGCCAGAGCGCCAGCCAAUGCAAAGACCAGGAGAAGCUGUUGCAGCUGCACAAGGCCGAGGUGGAGGCGCUGAGGGAGCGCGGCGAUGACCUCAGGCAGGAGAAGAAGAGGCUGGUGGAGGAGUACGAGGCCAAGCUGAGCGAGGCGCAGGCCUUCUACGAGUGCGAGCUGGAGGCAAUGAAGCGGACGCAGCAGCUCACCGCCGAGAACCUGCUGGCCUGGAAGAAGACGGAGGCCGAGCUGCGGCGCGAGUUCCAGGCGCAGGAGGCGGCGCUGCAGAAGACGCUGGGCAGGCUGCGUGCCGAGCUGCAGCGGGUGCAGGAGGAGGCCCGCGACAGCCGCGACAGGACGCAGAAGCUGCAGGCCUCGCUCAGCGCCGCCGAGAGCACCAUCAAGGAGCUCCACAAGCAGCUGGACGAGGUGACCCAAGAUGCAGAGAUCGUGGAGAUCCGACAGAAGGAGACGGAAUGCGAGCUGGAGGCCACUCGGGACCGGGUGCAGCAGCAGGCCACUGAAAUCCUUCUGAAAGCCAGUCAGAUCGGCAGCCUGCAGGCCACCCAGAUGACCCACGAAGCUGCCAUCCGGGACCUGGAGUCGGAGAAGUCUCGCCUGAAGGACAAGGUCCUGCGCCUGGAAGAGGAGCGGGAAGCCCUGCAGAACAAGAGCCAGGCACUGGAGGAGAGGCAGCGGCAGCAGAUCCUGUCCUUGGAGAAGACACUUCGGGAGGAGAAACAGACCUACGAGAAGGAAAUGAUGAGCAUGCGUGUCAGGUACGAGGAGGACGCGGUCUACUUUAAGGAGGCGCAGACCCGGGCGCUGGAAGACCUCUCCAAAAAGCACCGGGCCGUCCUGGAGACUACGCAGGUCGAGGCUGAGAGGGAGAAGAACCACUUGCUGGAAGAAAUGGAGCAGCAUUUUGAGCAGGAGCGCCUCCUGCUGGAGGAACAGAAGAAUCACCUUCGGCAGCAACUCGACAGCCUGCGGGAGGAACUUACUGCCAAACUCAAGUCAGCCAAUCAGGAGGUGUCUCGUCUGCAGGAGCAGGUCCAGCAGAGCGAGCACGGCCUGGACUCGGCCGAGGGCCACAUCUCCAGCCUGAAGGAGGCGCAGGAGAAGCUCAUUGAGGAGUUGGAUGUAACAAGGUCCAGGUUACGGGAGACCAGUAACCUCCUCACCGCCCUACAGGGGGAAAUGGAGACCCAGAAGAAGCAGCACGAGACCAAGCUAGUCUCCAUCAAAGAAGAGGAGAAGCUGAAAAUUGAUAAAGUGGCCCUGGAGCUGGAGCUGAAGUGGACGGAGGCCUUGAGGCAGGAGUGCAAGAAGCUGCGGGAGGAGCUGCGGGAGGAGCACGAUGAGGACAAGCGCAGCGCCCUGACGCAGCUGGCGCAGAGCAAGGAGCAGGAGAUGGGAGCCGCCAGGGAAGGCUGGCAGAGGAAGGUGGAGGACCUGCUGGAGCAGAUCUCGCUGCUGAAGCAAAGCCUGGAGAUGCAGCUGUCGCAGUCGCAGAACUCCCUGCAGCAGCUGCAAGCACAAUUCAACCAGGAGCGCGAGCACCUGAGCCAGCAGCUACAGGAGUUGGAGCUGGAGCACCAGCGCAGGGAGCAGCGGCUGCAGGAGGCACAUUGCUGCGUGCUGCAGGACCUGGAGGAGGCACGGCAGCAGGACCUGAAGGGGCUGGAGGAGCGCCUGCGGCAGCAGCACCACAUGGAGUUGCAGUCCUUGCGGGAGGCCCACAGGCACAACAUCGAGACGCUGCGGCAGCAGUCGGAGCAGGAGCUGCAAACGCUGCGUUUCGAGCUGGAGGAUGAGGGCAAAGCCAUGCUGGCAUCCCUGCGCUCUGAGCUGAAUCAUCUCCAUGCCUCAGCCAUCGAGCACCUGCGCCAGACACAUCAGCAGGAGAUGGCAGCCACCAGACUGGAGCUGGAGACCGCCCUGGAGGAUAGCCGGCAACAGGAGAAGAAGCUUCUGGGACGCAUCUCGGACCUGCAGGAGGAGGUGAGCCGCAGGAAGAAUCACAUCGCCGACCUGGACCAUGAGAUUCACUCCCUGAAUGAGAACAUCAGCACCCUGACCAAGGAGCUGGAGCUCAAGGGCAAGGAGGUGCUGAAGGUCCGCAGUGAAGCCAACCAGCAGAUCAGGGCCCACGAGCAAGACCUGAUAAAGAAACACGAGAGGGAGAUGAUGGAGAUGAACGCCAGCCACAACCGCGAGACGCAGAACAUGCUGGCGGACUUCAACAAGGCCCAGGAGCUUCUGAAGGACAAGAUCUCUGCACUUCAGAUCCUUUUGGAGGGAACGGAGGAAAAGUUCCGGAACAGGGAGAGCCGCCCCGAAGACCUGCAGGUGAUCGCUGAGCUGAAGGAUAUGGUGGCAGAGAGAGAAGCACUGGUCAAGAAGCUGGUGGAUGACAAAAAGUUCUACCAGUUGGAGCUGGUGAACCGAGAGACCAACUUCAACAAGGUGUUCAAUGCAAGCCCCAACGUUGGUGUCAUCAACCCCCUCAUCAAGCCCUCCUGAGACGGACGACUCGCCUGUAGCCUCUCCGGACCCGCAGCGGCAGGAGUGGUUCGCCCAGUACUUCAGCUUCUGACUUUUUGGAACCGAAGAGCAUGUCAAAGAAAACAAAGAAAAAAAAAAAUGAGAGAGAUGUAGUCAAAUACACAUCGUCGCAUACUGUUUAUUAAUUCACUGUGAAUGGAUUUCUUGUUUGUACAGUGACAAAAGUACAUUUGGCAUUUUCUUUGAUGCAUCUUCUGAGUGGUGGAUAAGCUGCUACAUAUUAUUUGUUAAAUGCAGUAUCGUCUGUCCUCCGUACUUUAUUUUAGAUUGGCACCGUAAUGACAGUUUGUUACAAGCUGCACCUCUGCAUCAUUUUGGUAGGAUUAAACUAUUUGUAUGGUUGUCUCAACACUGAUCUUAAAAUAAUGUCUCACUGAUUUUAAAAUAAAUGGUAUAUUUUAUAUUUAUAUUAUAUUGGUGUAUGCUAUAAAUAAAUAAUUGUGACAUUUACCUAUGUAUUGUGUAUUUGUCAGAUAUUUAAUGCAAACAUUUCUUGUACAUUCUUUAAUUGUAAAUGUGUUGAUGGGAAAAUACUGAAAAUCAGGUCAGAAGCCAAUACUUAAAAUAAUGUUCCCUAUGUGUCUAGACAGUAAGUGUACAUAAGUUGCCUUUACAGAGGUAGUUUUUUUCCAUUGUUCUGAGAGCAAGCAUGAUUAAUACAUUCUGUUUCCUGAGAAAUACAGAAACAGAAUCAGAUUUUCCUCCUAAUUGGAUGUAUUCUUUUUGGGUAUAAAACAUAAAAAAUAUUUUGAAAAACAA